AGUUCCAAAAACAAAAACCACCAAAAUCCGGAGAAGCCUACCCAUUCAAUUCAAAGUCAAAAGCAAUUCUUGAUAUCUGAUCUCAAGAUCCCACGUCCUCCCAAACCUGUGGCAGAUGCGAUUCAACCCGAAACUCUGGAGUUUAUUCGAGAUUUAAAACUCAAUAAUGAUCGAGAAUAUAUGGAGCAGAAUCGACAACGGUUCGAGACUGCAAAGGCUGAUUUCCUAGAUUUUAUACGAAUGGUCAAAGAGGGCCUUUUGGAAGCAGAUCCAGAUGUGCUUGAUCAAGAACCGAAGGACUCUAUGAUGAGGAUUUAUCGCGACGUUAGAUUCUCAAACGAUAAGAGACCUUAUAAGAGACAGCUGUGCUGUCAUUUCUCAAAAGGCGGAAAGAAGUCUAUUGCGGCAGGAUACUUCUUUGGCGUAACUUCUGGAGGUGAAACAUUUGCAGGAGCUGGCGUUUGGGAUCCUCAAGGACCCGUCUUACAUCGGAUCCGCCAAGGAAUUGUCAAUCAUUCGGAUCGUUUUUCAGCAAUUUUGGAAACCGAGCCCAUUAAGAAGAUCACCGGUGGCAAGACUGGAAUCGAUGCGCUGAGACCAGGUUCCUCACAACUCAAGACGGGUCCUGUUGGAUUUGAGAAGGAUCAUCCCAUGAUUGAGUUUCUGAAACGCAAAUGUUUUGCGAUCGGUCGUCAUUUCUCUGAUAAGGAAGUCGUGAAUGAAGGAUUCCUGGAAGAGGUUCUCCAAACCUUUGAUGCAUGUGUUGAUCUUGUUCAUAUCUUGAAUGAGUGGAUCGGAUAG